AUGCUGUCAUCACAAAAAAGUAAUUCCUUCGUUGCAUUUUUUAUUUCCUUUAUUUCUUUAAACUUCAUUUUUCAUUUAAAAAAAUGUCUCUAUUCUUUACUUUUUCUAAAAACUCCGAUUCUAUCUCUCUAUCUAUCUAUCUAUCUAUCUAUCUAUCUAUCUAAGCUUAUUCUUAUCUUUCUCAGGCUCUAUCUAUCUAUCUAUCUAUCUAUCUAUCUAUCUAUCUAUCUAUCUAUCUAUCUAAGCUUAUUCUUAUCUUUCUCAGGCUCUAUCUAUCUAUCUAUCUAUCUAUCUAUCUAUCUAUCUAUCUAUCUAUCUAUCUGUCUAUCUAAGCUUAUUCUUAUCUUUCUCAGGUUGUAUCUAUCUAUCUAUCUAUCUAUCUAUCUAUCUAUCUAUCUAUCUAUCUAUCUAUCUGUCUAUCUAAGCUUAUUCUUAUCUUUCUCAGGUUGUAUCUAUCUAUCUAUCUAUCUAUCUAUCUAUCUAUCUAUCUCUUAUUCUUAUCUUUCUCAGGCUCUAUCUAUCUAUCUAUCUAUCUAUCUAUCUAUCUAUCUAUCUAAGCUUAUUCUUAUCUUUCUCGGGCUCUAUCUAUCUAUCUAUCUAUCUAUCUAUCUAUCUAUCUAUCUAAGCUUAUUCUUAUCUUUCUCGGGCUCUAUCUAUCUAUCUAUCUAUCUAUCUAUCUACGCUUAUUCUUAUCUUUCUCAGGAUCUAUCUAUCUAUCUAUCUAUCUAUCUAUCUAUCUAUCUAUCUAUCUAUCUCAUUCUAUUUAUAUCUCCCUAUCUCAUUGCAUUCAUCUCUGCUGCUGAUCCGAUUUUAAUUGAUGUCACUAUCCCCAUCUAUCUAUCUAUCUAUCUAUCUAUCUAUCUAUCUAUCUAUCUAUCUAUCUAUCUAUUUCAGUUUCUUCUUAUCUUUCUCGGGCUGUUUUGUCCAGCUCUAUCUAUCUAUCUAUCUAUCUAUCUAUCUAUCUAUCUAUCUAUCUAUCUAUCUAUCUAUCUAUCUCAAUUUUCUUUUCUGUUUUCUGAUGCAAAGUUUCGCCUCUUUUUCUUCCUCGUUUUUCAUCUCAUCUUUCUUUUUCUUGUUAUGAUUACUUAUUAUCUUUUAACUUCUUUCUUUCUUUCUUUCUUUCUUUCUUUCUUUCUUUCUUUCUUUCUUUUAUUUCUGUGUUCUAUUUACUAUCUUUUUUUUAUUUCAUUCCGUAUUUCUUCUUCAUUAUUACUUUCUUCUUAUUUCACUUUUCUUUCCUUUUCUUUCAUCUUUUUUUUUCUCUUUUUUUCUUCACUGAUGUCUUUUUUUCUUUUUCUCUACAUUUUCCCUCUUCCUCUUUUUCAUUCUCUCUCUUCCUGUUUUCCUCUGUGUUCGUCUCAUCUUUCUUGCCAAUCUUUUUUUUUGGAUUUCAUUUGUCGUUUAUUUUUGCUUUUAUUCAAACUUAACAUUUUCUUUCUUUCUUUCUUUCUUUCUUUCUUUCUUUCUUUCUUUCUUUCUUUGGUCCCUUCGUUCCUUCCUUCUUUAUUCACUUUAUCUUUGCCUUUCUUUCAUCUUUCUUUCCUUCUUUCUUUUUCUCCGCUUAUCAUUCGUCUUCGUUUGCUUUCUCUCAAACAAAAUUUUCUUUCAUUCUUUUUGUAUAUAUUUUCUUCAUCCAUGCACAAGUCCCUUUCUUAUAUUCCUUUAUUUCUUUAUUUCCUUUUUUCUAUUUCUCUUAAUUCUUUUAAUCAGUCUUCUCUAUUUUCUUUCUUUCAAAGAUUUUUUUUUUAUUAUCUUCGUAAAAAUACUUGGUUUUUCCUCUCUCUAUCUCCCUCUAUCUCUCUUUCUCUCUCUCCCUCCCUCUCUCUCUCUCUCUCUCUCUUUCUUGAACAUUUUCGCGUUUCUUAUUUUCUUUACUUAAUACUUUUCUCCACAGAAAAUCUCGUAAAAUCUUCCCAUCUCACCCACCACAACCUCAUGACACACCAUUAUUCUGUCUGGACACCGAUUCCUCCGUAUGCCAUCAAAACUCCGCGCGACUGCUGA